AUGGAAGCGGGUCGAAGUCCAGGCUUCGAUAAGGUGGGCAAGGACCAGAAGGACCCGGGCACACAGAAGCAGACGACGACCACCGCCUCGACACAGGCCUCGCAACCUAAACCCUCUCCGCUUUCGUCGGAGGGUCUCCUGGCGGCGGUCCAACUCUGUCACAAGGAUGUCGAAGCCAUGCAGAGUGGACUGGCUAAACAGGUGGAGGACUUGAGUGCUUCGCAGAUGAGCAUGCAGUCCACCAUCAACAAGAGCCUGGAGGACGUUGUUGCGGCCCAGAGCUCUAUGGGCAAGCAGCUAGAUGAACUGGCCACUAUCUCCACACACCUUAAGCAGGUGAAACAUGAUGUCACGUCCGUCAAUGGAGAUGUGAAGCUGGUGUCACAGCGUGUGACGGGGAUCGAGGGCAUACUUGGGGUGCUCAUGCCGCAGGUCAAGAAUCUGGCUGGGUCGCUGAGCACGCUGUCGACGAACGUUGACAGCAUCCGCCAGAUGACAGACAGCCAUUGGAAAGAAGUGAGCAAAUGCCUUGCAACGAUGGCCGGGAUGCUGAAAAGCAACCACACUCAGUGGGAGCAAACCACUGAGAAGAACCAGCAAUACCUGGUGGAUGGAGUGAAGGAAGUCCUCAAGAAAGUCACGACAUGUGACUAUGACAGCUUCACGUCCCUGACCAAACAGCUGGACCAGCUCGGGCAAGAAUUGCUUGCAUCGGUGGGCUUCCUGCAGGGGGAAACCAGCUCCCUCAAGGAGGGCCUUUACAACGUGGCGGUUGCCUUGGCCAACACAGGAGAGCAAGUCGCCACGGUGAAGGAGUACUGUGAGAGGCCACCCGUGCCCCUACUGAGUGGGGCCCCGCCACCACCCUCGUAUGAGGCGCCGUCGGUGGUUCAUCACACAGAUCGACGACAACUUCACCUGCAAACGGCCAUCCCGAUGAUGCCGCCGCCACAUCAUCAGCCUUCGCAGCCCUCGCAGCCCCCCACGCAGUCAGGCUCAGCGUCGGUCUACGUUGACUUGGGUGAGGGGCGCAGGGUGAACAUCCCGCUUUUCCGCUGA